AUGACAACCAACACGACUACCUCUACAUCUACCACAGGUGCACCUGCACCAACCAAAACUGGUAUUGUUACCAAUUGCCAAGCUUGGUAUGUGGCUCAGACAAAUGAUACCUGCGCGGCUAUUGCAUCGGCAAAUGGUAUUACAGUGUCCCAGUUCGAGGCAUGGAACCCAGCUGUGGGAGAUACGGCGAGUACCACAACGACCACAAGUACAGACAGUGGAACUGUCACUCCUCCGGCACCGACGCAAUCUGGCAUCGUCGCCAACUGCCAGGAAUAUUAUGUUGUUAAAGCUGACGAUACCUGCGCGACUAUUGCGUCGGCGUAUGGAAUUACUGUGUCCUAG